AUGGAUAACCGGGGCACUUUUUUGUUUGCCAACCAUUUUUCUGCCGACGACGAGCAUGGUCCGACUCCCAUUCUGGUCGGCGAGGACCCGCGGCUCCGCGACGGGGGCCUCACCAUCUUACGUUCGGAGAUGUCCGACGGUCCGCCGCGCGUGCAAGAGGCCGAGAUCGAGAAGUACCACGACGGCACGUUCAGCGUCUGCGACCUCAUCGAGGCCGUCCUCAGGACUAAGUCCCACAAGGCGGAGAAUUGGUACGAGAUGUACCAUGCCGUCCGAAUCGAUCGCACCGAAGGCACGGUCUUCCUCGACGUGGACUUCGACUACGGGUCGUGA